AUAUCGACACCAGAAGGUAGUCAUUAGCAGAACAGGGGAAAUGGCCCUAAGGGCAGGUCCAGCCAGAGUGAGGUAAAUUUCAGAUGGCUUUGCUAGGCUACUCAGGCUUUCUCUGUCUGUCUCCGUCCCUCAGUACAGAACAUAGCUUGACAAAGUUCUUGUGUUUGAAGCCAGACGCAGUUCACAUUAUAGUGCCUAAUUAUUGCAGAACUGGUAAAUAAUUUUUCCCCUGUGGGUGUAUUUGCCAGUACCUUUGUUUGCAUGUGGCUUAUAGUCAGAGCUCUCAGAGGGUAAAACGGGGAGGGGGGGAGAGAAAAGAAAUAUCUCAUCGGUUGUAUUCUCCUUUAUAGUUCCAGCAGUAAACUGGGAUUAAUCAAGUGCAGUUAGCUCAAAACUUGAGAGAGGAGGAGGGAAAGGGCGAGGACAAUAUUUGCAUGUAUCCGAGAAGGAACAGUUCCAGAACACUCCCGACUGGGGAGCUUUGAAAGGUACAUUUCUCCAGGGAGUUUUGACCAAUUCAGCUUCAGGAGUUACAAGGCUGCUGCCAGCGUAAGAGGAGCCUUCUCUGUACACUGGGUCAGUGAUGUGCAGCUUGUUUUGUUUUUUAUAUUUUCUCCUGGAGCCAAAGGAGUUUUCCUCUCCAGUAGCUGCAGCCUUGUGUUUUGAGGAUGCCUUUGCUGAAUAGGUUUUUCAACGUGUCGGACAUGGGUAGGCGGUGGGGGACUGAGGGAGAUCUGAUGCCCUUGUCCACGGGCAGCCUGCCCUUUCGUCAGCAGGGGAUCCUAGGUUGGGAGUUGCCUGAGAUGUUCAGAAUGGUAAAGCUCAUUUGGAAAUCAAAAAGUGAGCUUCGGGGGACAAAGCAGAGAAGCGUUCUGGACAGCAGCGAUGGUCCAAAUAUUUUGCCAGGAGAUGCACGGCUGAGAGGUCAGACAGGGGUUCUCUCUGAGCGACGUGGUUCCUACCCAUUCAUAGACUUCCGCCUUCUCAACAAUACCAUUUACUCAGGGGAAAUUGGAACAAAGAAAAAGGUAAAAAGACUGUUGAGCUUCCAGAGAUACUUCCAUGCAUCCAGGCUACUGCGUGGAAUCGUACCACAGGCUUCGCUGUACUUGCUGGAUGAAGGCUACCUUGGGCAAGCAAGGUAUAUGCUAUCCAAAGUGGGAAUGUGGGAUUUUGACAUUUUCCUGUUUGACCGCUUGACAAAUGGAAACAGCCUUGUAACCUUGCUGUGCCACCUCUUCAAUGUACAUGGGCUUAUCCACCAUUUUCAGUUAGACAUGGUUACAUUGCACAGAUUCUUAGUUAUGGUGCAAGAAGAUUACCAUAGUCAAAACCCAUACCACAAUGCUGUUCAUGCUGCUGAUGUCACCCAAGCUAUGCACUGCUACCUAAAGGAGCCCAAGCUUGCCAACUUCCUCACACCUCUGGACAUCAUGCUUGGACUACUAGCUGCUGCAGCACAUGAUGUAGAUCAUCCAGGAGUAAACCAACCAUUUUUGAUAAAAACCAAACACCAUCUUGCCAGUUUAUACCAGAAUGUCUCUGUAUUAGAAAAUCAUCACUGGAGAUCUACAAUAGGCAUGCUUCGAGAGUCAAGGCUGCUUGCACAUCUGCCAACAGAAGAGAGGCAUGAUAUUGAACAGCAGCUGGGCUCCCUGAUCUUGGCAACAGACAUCAACAGGCAGAACGAAUUUCUGAUCCGGUUGAAAGCUCAUCUCAAAAAUCAGGAUUUGAAAAUGGAGGAUGCUCCCGAUAGGCAUUUUAUGCUUCAGAUUGCGCUAAAGUGUGCAGACAUCUGCAAUCCUUGCCGGCUCUGGGAGAUGAGCAAACAGUGGAGUGAACGGGUUUGUGAGGAAUUCUACAGGCAAGGUGACCUGGAGAAGAAAUUUGACUUGGAAGUAAGCCCUCUUUGUAAUCAGCAGAAAGACACAAUACCUAGUAUACAAAUUGGCUUCAUGACCUACAUUGUAGAGCCACUCUUUGAAGAAUGGGCCAACUUUACUGGGAACACACCCUUAUCUGAAAACAUGCUGAACCAUCUGAGGAGGAACAAGACCAAGUGGAGAAGUCUGCUUCAUAAGCAAUACAGCAGCAGCAGGAGCACUGACCACACAGUCCCAAUGACUGAAAAUGAAGAACAGACUUUAAAUGAAGGAGAAGCCCCAUAGUGCUGGCUUAGCACUCUGCUGCAGUGCUACUACCUUUCACAACAGUGAACAAAACCCUAAGGGGUCUGUUGGGCCAUGGUCAACAAUGCAGGAAGCGAAGAAAUCAGGGAGGAAAGCCAAAGCGACAGAUAUCCUCCACAACUAAACUUACACCACUUCGGGGUUUGGCCCUAAAGUUCAGCCAAAUCCCACUUCCUCAUCUUACUAUCUGAAGCCAUUCAUCACUUCUGAUCACAAACUGCUUGAAUGAGAAGCUUUUCAGUAGUGCUGAAGCUGGGGCAGUAGGCAGGUACCAACAAAUAAGAGGAUUAGAGGAUACAGGCAAGACCAAUGCAUUCUUGGUUAUCUAUUGCAUUCACUUUGGGUCAUGCUGUGACGUGUAUUUGUGAAUGACGGCUUAGAGCAAUGUACAGUCUUCAGUCUGGCAGCUGGGCUGCACAUUAAAACCCACCACCAGCACCGUCAGAAGGACAUCUGGCCAUGCAAGAGAAAAGCGUCUCAUUUUAAACAAUUAAAGCCUUUUUAAUUUUUGUAUUUGGUGCACUGGACAAGGAAUCUAAGAACCUUGAUGUAAGGUUAUUCUGUGUACACAAAGCUUUUUCAUGGUGGUGCCCCAUUUCGUUAACCAUUUUAUGCCACUUUAGGUAAAAGACUGGCAUUCUUCUCACUGCAAGAACAGUAUUUCCUAUCAAAUCCAAAAGGGAAGAGUUGUACAGUUUAAAUGUUUCCAGAUGUCUCUUUUGAUGACUGUAUCUGUGACCUGUUUAUAUUCGCACAUGUGUGUCUCCUGUACAUAUAAGGCGCUACUGAUCCCAUACCGAAAUAACAAAGUAUUAUGGGAAAGCUACCUAUAUAAACAAUGGCACUGUGAACAAAAUACUGUUAGUUUUAGUAUUGGAAGCAUUUGUAAAGAUGUUAGACUAUUAAUACACUUUUGUUUGCAGAUAAAGGCCUUAACCUCUAA